AUGGUAAGUGCUCUUUUUUUGGGUUUUGUUACUUUAGGUAUAUCUGUGGAAGAACUUGGUAUUUGAAAGGGAGUUUGAAACACUGUCUCCUUGAACAUGGUAUUAUUAGCUAGAGGAAGGCUUUUUUCCUUGAAUAGCUGCUUUUCCGUUAUGAAUUUUCCAUGGAUUUGAGGCCUUUCAUCAACUUUUUUAAGAUUUUUAGCAGUAAUCUUUCUUGUAGAAGUUUUGACGGAUUUGCCACGAAAUUAUAGGAUUUUUUGAUAUUUCAACUGUUACAAAGAUGAAUGAAGGAUUCUACGACAUUGUUUUUAGGCUGCCCCACCAGAAGCUCUUCCUCCUCAUGAGCCUCAAGUCGAUGUUGUGCAGAUCGACAGUUUGGUAAGAUAAUGGAAUUUUCGGUUGAAUUUUUUCAAUUUUAGGUUAUCAUGAAGUUGGUGAAACAUGUGGACUCUGAGUUCUAUUCCGGAAUGUCAGAUGCCGCCGGUGAAGCCUGUCAGGGAAUCCUGACUGGUCUUAUUUCGGCUGAAGACCGUCGACUUGAGAUCACAAAUUGCUUCCCAACUCCUCGUCCGGAGCUCUUGAUGGAUGCUGAUGACGGUCAGGCGAAUGCCCACUCUCUUGAAGACAAGCAGAACGAAGUUGUUGACAUGUUGAGGCGGUUCAGGUAGGAUUUGAAAGGUUUUUAUAUUGUAGUAGGCAACUGAAGAGAGAUUUCGAUUUUUUGGUUGAAGAUCGAUUUGGAUGGGGUUUUAGGGUGUUUCAAUGGGAAUAAAAUGGACUUCCUGAAAAUUUUAUAAGGAUUUUGUCGUUCAGAUGCAUGUUUUAGAUGUUAUUAUUGAUGCCUCUUUCAGAAAGAUGAACAUCGAUUAUGAACUGGUUGGUUUCUACCAGUCUUAUCUCUUUGGUGCCUGUUAUAGUCAAGAAAUGGUAGAGAGUUUGUUCGACUACCAAGACAGUCUUUUCGAUAGUGUCAUCUUGGUCUACGGUGAGUUGCUUCCAAAAGUUCCUAUUUUCCUUCGAAUUUUAGACCCAGUCGCCACUCGACAAGGCCGUUUAGCCGUUCGGGCUCUAAGACUCACACCAAAAGCCUUCGAUCUUUAUACCAACACCGACUUCUCACCUGAAGCGUAAGUUUUGGUCUAGUGUAAUAUAAAAAUUUUGUUGUUUUGAGCAAAAUAUUCUCGGUUUUGAUGUGACUGCGUGUCUUUAGCCUCAAAAACUCCGGAGUGACCUAUUCGAAUCUGUUGGAAGAGCUGCCGAUCUUCAUCAAGAACUCGCAUUUGAUGAAUGUGAUGUUGGCUGAGCUCAGACUCCUCCAGCCCAAGAAGACCGCCCCCAAUCUUGAGCUGGGCACUCGCGGAAGUCUGGAGAAGACCCUACGAGCCAUGGUUUGCAAUGUGGAGGAGUUGAACAAGUCCAUUGGGGCGUACAACAAGUACACCUUGGAGAAGCAGCGUUAUGAUGCGGUGCUGAACUCGCUGAUCCAGGUGGGAGUUUUUGAAUGAUUUUUUUUUUGAAAUUUAGGAUUUGGAGAUCAUUUUGGACCCAAUUGGAGAGAUUCAAAUCAAAAAAAAAUUUUUUUUUUGAAAUUUUGUUAAAAAAAAAUUGGGCUUAUUACAGUGGCGGACGUGAUCUAGUGGAAAAAAAGUACCAUUUUGCAUCUGGGAAGUAUAAAAAAAUGUGGCAAAAUACCUCCUUCUCCAAGUGAAAAAACUCCGUUUUGAAGGGCGCCCUUUCCCUCACAAAACUCCCUUUUGAAAUCGGCGUUUUUUCAAUUGGAGAGGGAGGCAUUUUGCUACAUUUUUUGAUACUUCCCGGAUGCAAAAUGGUACUUUUUUGCCCCUGGGUCAGGUCCGUGACUGUGUGAUAGAAAGGAGUGUAAUAUCUGUUUCCAGAAGCGCCAGAUCGAAAACGAAGCCCGUGCCGCCCGCGGCGAGGCCCGUCUCUCAAUCGAAGACCUGAAACGCCAACAAAAACAGCCUCAGAUCCAGACCAGAAACGGAAUGAUUGAGCUGUUCUUGAACGCCGCCGACACUGACGCAUACGCCAACUUCACAGCCAAAGUCACUGGCGACAACAUCGCCAAACUUUUCAUGUCCGAAGCCGCCGGCCAAUCGGCUCAAGUCCCCGCCGAAAGAGAAACCCCCCUGUAA